CUGGAAUCGAUCAAUCCAGAAAUCGAUCACCCUUUAUUCAAAUUUGGAAGAGAGGACAUUUCGUGGGAACUUUGGAACCCGGCUUCUUCCUACGGCACGGGGCCCGACCCGGUUGGUUAACCCCCCCACGCACCCCACCCGAAUCGAUUCCGUGCACCGAACGCGAUCGCCAGAAAUUCCCACCGGCCCCGCACGCAUCCAUUCCAAUUCGUCAACACUCCGAAACGUUUCCGCUGUCCUUCCCUUCCCUUCCCUUCGCUUCCGCCGCAGAAGAACCGACGGAGAUCCGGUGAACCCGACCCGACCCGAUCGAUGUUGCAGAGGCCGAGACGCCGCUGCGAGGGCACUGCCAUGGGCGCCAUCGUCCUCGACCUCCGCCCCGGCCUCGGAAUCGGACCUUUCUCCCUCGGGAUGCCGAUAUGUGAAGCAUUCGCGCAGAUUGAGCAGCAACCGAACAUCUACGAUGUCGUCCAUGUCAAGUAUUAUGACGAGGAUCCACUAAAGCUGGAUAUGGUUAUCAGUUUUCCAGAUCAUGGUUUUCAUCUCCGUUUCGAUCCUUGGUCGCAGAGGUUACGUCUGGUUGAGAUUUUUGACGUCAAGAGACUUCAGAUGCGCUACUCCAAUUCUCUCAUCGGUGGACCAUCGACUCUUGCCACAUUUGUAGCUGUGUACGCACUUUUUGGACCAACUUUUCCUGGAAUCUACGACAAAGAGAGAGGUGUCUACACUCUUUUCUACCCAGGGCUAUCGUUUGCUUUUCCUAUUCCAAGCCAAUAUACAGAUUGCUGCCAUGACAGAGAAGCGGAACUGCCCCUAGAGUUUCCCGAUGGCACCACUCCAGUUACAUGCCGUGUGUCUAUAUAUGAUAGCUCCACAGACAAGAAAGUUGGUGUAGGAGCUUUAAUGGAUAAAGCUUCUGUUCCUCCCUUACCUCCUGGUAGUCUCUACAUGGAGGAAGUACAUGUUAAGCUUGGAGAGGAAUUGCAUUUCACCGUUGGUGGACAGUGUAUUCCUUUUGGUGCAUCGCCUCAGGAUGUGUGGACUGAAUUAGGUCGUCCAUGUGGAAUUCAUCAAAAACAGGUCGAUCAAAUGGUAAUACACUCUGCCUCAGACCCACGUCCAAAGACAACUCUCUGUGGGGAUUAUUUCUACAAUUAUUUCACUCGGGGCUUAGAUAUCUUAUUUGAUGGGCAGACUCACAAAAUCAAAAAGUUUGUAUUGCAUACAAACUAUCCAGGGCAUGCGGAUUUCAAUUCAUAUAUAAAAUGCAACUUUAUUGUCUAUGGUUCCGAUCUUGGCAGUUCCUUCCAGGAAGUGACUGGUUCUAAAAAUAGGAUUACUGCAGGCACAAAAUGGGAGCAAGUAAAGGAGAUCCUUGGAGACUGUGGUCGAGCUGCUAUACAAACUCAAGGUUCUACUAGCAAUCCAUUUGGAUCUACUUUCGUGUAUGGUUAUCAGAAUGUUGCUUUUGAGGUAAUGAAGAAUGGCUAUAUAGCAACUGUGACUCUCUUCCAGUCAUGAUGACUGUUGUAAGUUAUGCAGGCAUUCCGCUCAAACUGGGGUGAAUAUGUACAGUUGACUUUGAUCGAUUGCCGAAUCGGCCAAUAAUUGGCAGGACGGCUGGAAUGUUUGGGGGGAAUAUUGUACAGUUCUGUAUCAAUGUACAUAGUUGAUUCAUUCUACCAUCUAUCUGCUUUUGCAAGAUGCAAUCAAAUUCUAUCAUCAUUGACAUUGACAUUUUCGCAAA